CUCACUGAUCAUAAAGUUGACCGAAGCAGUACCACAAGACCAAACAUGUAUUCAACAAUCUCUAUCAGCAUCGUUGAACAUUCCCAACCUGACAAUGGACUUUAUUCCAUGGCGGACUCUACAGAGGAAACAAACGACCUGCCAAGUGAAACGAUGGGAGAUGUUCUAUACGACGUACCGAAGACUCCUAAGCUCUCUAUUUUGAACGAUCAAUCUGUCACUAACUACACUUCAAAAACGAAUUCAUACAAUAACAUCGAUGGUGUGGGCCUAAUUUCAACUACCAAACAAAUAACUAAUUCCCCUGAACUGACCAAGGACACGAACCAAUAUGUUAAUACGGCGACUUUAGAUGAAAUCGUUCAUGGCAAUGUGACGAGGCCACACUCACCUACUACUGAAUUUGAUCCGGCAAAUAGCGAUGAUGUAUACUAUUCAAAGGC